GCCUGUCACUCAGCGGAGCCCUCGUCUCGUCGUCUAAAGGUAGUCUGAGUGGAGAAAGUAAAUGAAGAUGGAAGGAGCUGAUGAAUUAUUGAGGAGAUUUAUGGAGUAGCGGAGUGAUAGCAGUUUACUCGUCUCGUCGGAACGAUAAAGGACAAGCAACACCAGAGGAAUUGACAGAUAGCAUGCCCUAACUUCUGAGCUCGCUCCUGAAGUAGGAGGCAAAUAUACCACAUAGGUAGAGGUGACUCCACUGCAGAUGAAGGAACAUGUUGGCUAUGGAUCAAGGAGUGGUGGAGGAAUGGCUGUCAGAAUAUAAGACCCUCCCUGACAGUGCUGUGUCAACCUACGCCGCCGCAAUAAAGGACAAAGGUGCUCUGGUCCCUGCACUCUACAAGGUCAUCCGAGAGAACUACAGCGAUUUGCUGGAGCCAGUGUGUCACCAGUUGUUUGAGUUUUACCGAAGCGGUGAGCCGCAGCUGCAGCGUUUCACGCUACAGUUCCUGCCAGAGCUCCUGUGGAGCCUCCUGUCCGUCAGCGCAGCCAGAGACCCUCACACGUCGGGCUGCAUCGAGGCCCUGCUGCUGGGCAUUUACAACCUGGAAAUAGUUGAUAAAGAUGGACAGAGUAAAGUGUUAUCUUUUACCGUCCCUUCCCUCUCCAAACCCUCAGUGUACCAUGAGCCUUCAGCCAUCGGCUCCAUCGCCCUCACAGAAGGGGCUCUAGCCAAUCACGGGCUGAGCAGGGUGGUUUACAGCGGGCCACACCUCCAGAGAGAGACCUUCACUGCACAGAACAGAUUUGACGUGCUGACCUUCCUGCUGCUGUGCUACAACGCUGCUCUCAGCUACAUGACCUCCACCUCCCUCCAGUCCCUCUGCCAGCUCAGCUCCAGGGUUUGUAUAUGCGGUUACCCGCGGCAACAGAUGCGGCGCUACAAAGGCAUUAGCACACGGCUGACAGUCACGUCAGAGUUCCUGGUUCAGCUCAUCACAGGGAUACACUACGCCUUGGGUAAUGGUGAGGUUGAACUGGGAUCCAAAGCACUGGAUGACGUUCUGUAUCGAGCCCAGCUAGAGUUGUUCCCUGAAGCUUUGUUGGUGGGUAAUGCCAUCAAGUCGUCGCUGCACGGCGCCGCACUGAAGAGCAACAACAAGGAGGGUGCACGGAGUAUCCAGGUGGAGAUCACACCCACCUCCUCCAGGAUCUCCCGAAAUGCUGUCACCUCCCUCUCUAUCAGGGGACACCGCUGGAAGAGACACGACGCAGUGGAUCUGGGUUCCCCGGACGAGCUGAUGGAUAUUUCAGAGGUGGAUGAAGGGGUGUGGCCAAGCGGGGUGGGGCCGGACAUGACCCCACCCACCAUCACUAUUAGCAACAGCGUCACCACGUUGAACCUGGGGGCCAAGGCCAUGAAGAAGUGUCGGCUCGGCGGGCGCACCAGCAAGGACAAGGACAAGGAGGCGGGCCCUCUAACAACGGGCCGGGCCGCCAGCGAGAACGCAGAGCUCUCUGUCAGGCGACUGACACUCACUUCCAGCCAAUCGGUGCCCAAGGCGGGAGCUCUCACCAGCCUGACGCGCACCGCCAGUGCCGUCUUCUCCCGCUCCUUCGAGCAGGUGGCCAGCGGCAUCGCCGCCCCUCCCUCCAGCAACCACACCGCCUCUGAAGUUGGCCGCUAUUCAUGCAGCCUGCAGGAGGACGGGCUGGGGUACUUGAGUCCCGCGCCAAACCACACGCAACGCUCUCCCAGCAUUAGCGUGCACCUUAGCUCUGACCUUUGAACCAUUUGUGAACCCUCGCCUCUUAUCCUGUGACCCUGUACCUGUGACCUGGAACUCCAAGCCAUGCCAACCGCAACGGACCACAAACACAUGAACAAACACUCCCGCUGGUUCCCUUGUCGCUCCAUUUUAACGUCUUUGAUUCUCUGUGCCGCCCUGCUCCCCUCUGGGCCUAAUGGAGGCGGGACGUCGGGGAGAUGACUUCCAGCUUCACUGAUUUUUAGUAGUGCGCUGUUGCCGUGAAGUCGUGCCAGGACAAAACUGCACUCCGUCGCAGAGUCUGUAAAUGGGUGCACUUAAAACUUAUUACUAAAAAAACUGUGUGGAAAAGUAUUUGGAAAGUAUUUUAAUCGGCAUUUGUUGCCCUGCAUGGCUUUUCCAUACAUCCAUCCUGACCUUGCCCGGGUUCGUCAGAGGGCAGAUGUUGAGUAUGUGUGUUUACUGUAUGUGUGUAUGUACAAUUGUUUUUAGAAUAAAGGCUGCUGAUCGAUACAAUGAACAAGGUAUGAUUCUCCAGGUAGAAACAAAUGUUUCUACUACUUUUUAAAAGAUAAUAGAUCCCUUCCCAUAGCAAUACAAAUUUCUCUUAUUGAGUGUUUCCCACCUUUUGGGACGAUUAUAUAAACACCUUCAUUCUUCCUUUGUCAGUUUCAGCUAUGCUCCUUUUUAAAGAAAAUCUGCAUUCUUCCCUAACACGUCAGACAAAUGACCACUAAAUAAUCAACCAGUAUGAAUUCUUUAUGUUUACAAUCGCACAGUGUUGUCAUGAUGGAGAAGCAAUAUUUGUAUACUUCCCUCUCGCUCCUCUAGCACCUUCCUGAAUUGCCGUUUAUUCGAUGGCAAAAAUAAAACUCCAUCUUCUGUUGAUUUUGAUUUUGGGGACGAUGGGUGUGUAUGAUUUGUUAAGUAUUGAAUUUUUGCACUUGAAAGAGCAAACGAGUUGUGUAUUCAACUUUGGUAUUUUCUUAUGAUGAACAAGAGAGGUUUGUCUCUCAACUGUGGUAUUUUCCUGUGAGAGAGAUGUGCUUUGUUGCUCCGUACGGAUUUCUACCACACAGACAUGAAGUCCACCUACUUGCACAGAGGUAAACAAAUCUGAUACUAAAGAUGUUAAAACUCGACCAAAACUGUAACUGAACCUAUUCCUGUGGGAAGAAGGUGUGUUGGGGCAACAAGGCAUCUUUCAUCUUCUCUGAUUCACCCACCACUCCAGCUGUUUGUAGUACUUUGGUGAUGUGUUUCCUGUGUCCCUCCUUGUUGUUCCCAUCAUCAUCAUCACGUCACGAGACAUGGUGAUAUUCUCUUGUACCAAAAAAGGAUUUAAACUCCACCCAUCUGCUACAUUCGAUGUCCUAAAUCAAGCUGCCCCUACCCUCAAGCAAAAGUGUGUUCUGUCGUCUGUGUACUAGAGCCGUCGAGUGUCCAUACCUUGGUGGGACAGUAACAAUCAUCGUGUUUCUGUAUGUGGGUUUACAGAAUGGGAAUGGGUUGUACAUCAUACUGUUGUACUGCAGUUGGUUUAUAUUGGCCUUUCUAUGUCUGAAGAGAACUCACUGCUACAAAUUUCUGGGAAUAAAGUGUUUCUAUAUUUCA